UGGUGAAUGCCUACCGAUGGUUGUAUUUGAAAGGUCUUUACCUAGUCCACUUGUUGCGGUCUGAUGGUUGUGAUCAGUUUUCAAACCAGUUACUACUGGAUAAAGUACUUCCUGAGCUCUCGCUGCUCAUCAGGUUGAAACGUUCAUCUUGCCAAAAGGAAAAUGGAGUUGCUCUUGCGUGUCAUCAUUGUGGCGAUAAUCGUUCGUGUCGAAUUCACGUGUGCAGAGAAUGCGACACAACAGAGAUGUUGUCCUGGUAACCAGGUGCUGGACAUUGAACUACGCAAAUGUGUCAAUAAUUUAACCGUACACAAGACCUACCAGGAAGACUCGGGAGUGAACGAUCCGCUUUUCCCAUGUACAGAUGGAUGGGAAACGUUCAAGACGGAUGAGCUCUCUGCUGGUGUUAUGAUAGAACCUCGGUUUAAUCAAACUCUUCAAUUAGCUCAAUAUUGUGUUCAUUCCAUUGUGCUUCAGGACGGACGUACAGAGGCCGUAGUGGCGUAUUGCAGAGCUCCAUUGUUGGAAGUCAAAAAAUGUUGCCCGCUUGGUCAGUCGGUCAAUCGUGAUUCAGUCGGAAAGUGCGUCCCGAGCGAUGAUGUUUUCAAUGCUUCUAAAAUCGUCACACCAACUGGGUUGCCAUUUAAAAUCGUGGCUAAUUCUUCGCUGAAUUGCGAACAUGAUUAUAAUAUUUACGUGCCAAAACUGUUCGUUGAUAACAGAUAUCAAAUCAACGCAUCGGGCCACUUUGCCGUAAAGAAGGCCUUGUACAAAGUCUUGCGUCAUUCUAGUAAUUAUUGUGUUGACACAGCCAUCAGUGCCCAAGGAAGCCAAGAGGAUAUCGCCAUGAUUUGCCUGCCGCGGACAAUGUACCUGUUGCGAUACCUGCUCUGGGGCGUCUAUUCGUACCUGCAUUACAUUUCGGCAUUCUUCCUUGUUUUGACGCUACUUGUUUACCUCAUCUUCCCUGCGCUGCGAGACAACAUCCAGGGCUACUCUAUGAUCUGCUUUUUAAUUUGCAUGAUUGUAGUCCAAGUAGAAUAUGGAAUUCUUCUCUCACUACCAACCGAGCCGCAUACUUGGUGUUUUUUCAAAACACAAGCCAGCAAUUAUUUUCGGUAUGCAUCAUCUACUUGGAUUACUGUGAUGGGCUUCAACAUUUGGAGUCAAUUAAGCUAUGGUCCUAGAUCAUUAAAGAAAAAGGACCUAUUGAUUCGUUUUGGGUUGUGUUCGCUCUACGCUUGGGGGUUACCUCUCGUCUUACAAAUGGUUGUGAUUUUAUAUCGCAAUAGUUUGGGACCACCCGUCCGCCUUUGUUGGUUCGGAGAUCCAAUCAUCAAACAUUUAUUAAGUACACCCAAUGUGGUGUUGGUGACAGCCAACUUGAUUUUUUUCAUCCCGAGUGCGCUCAAGGUUUACGGAAGUCUCCGCUUUUUGAAAACUUCCGUUUCACGCGUGGCUUUAAACAAACUGGAAAAACAAAGGAUCACGACAAUAUUUCGUUUCUUCUUGUUGAUGCAGUUCUACACGAUCCCGAGGAUCGUUCACGAAAUUGUGGAUGCAGAUAGUGCGUCUCCAGAGUUUCUUAUCUUCAGUAUCUCCCUGUACAUGCUGAUAGGACCGGCUAUGUUUUAUUUCUUCGUUUGCAAAAACGAAGUCUUCAAGAUGAUCACAGAAUUCCUAACGAAAGUUAAGGAAUCUGCAUCACAGGCCAGUACUUCAAGUAAAUUAUCAUCGGGCACAGUUAAAUUCUGGAAAUCGCGGUCAUACGAAACGUCUUCGACUCGAGUCCCUGAAACCAACACCACUCUUACGGCGACGCACAUUGAAGCAAUCAAAUACCAACACAACGGAGAAGAGAACCCGGCCUACGUUAGCGAGGAAAUAAGUGCGUAAACUAAAAAAAAAAAAGGCUGUACUAUUAUGAUCGAUUUAUAUAUGAAAUUAAAAACAACACUUCACCCUGGCAAUGUAAAACAUUGAAUACCGUAAGAAAAAUAAUUAUGCGGAAUAAGCAUCAGUUAAGGAACGUCCAUUUUCAUAGAGACCUAAUCAAAUUUAACCAGUUUUUGUUUUCUUGGGCAAUACGUAUAUAUUUUACCAACAAAGCAAAAUGGCAGCAGUUUGGGAUAUUGAGAGAGAUCAACAUGUUGAUAGAAUCGGAAACGCUAUUGCAAUUACAAAGAUUUAAUCUACCCAUUAGGGAUGAUGUGACAUUACAAACAAAUGAAAAUCCAUAAACAUGAGGCAAUCGAUUCGCAUGAACAGACGUUUGCUAACCACUUUGUUUUUAUCCAUUAAAAAUUAAGAUCUUCACGAACAAUUAUUGAAUUUUUUAAAAGAAAAAAAAGGUGCUUAUUUAGAAAAAGGGGAAAUGGGAAACAAUUUCACUUGCGAUGACUGGUUAGAUAUUUGACGAUUGUUUGACAAUUUCAAAUUGGUCGAGGUGUGUGAAGUCCUGUAACGGUGGAGGUCAAUAAAGGCUGAUGAGACUCA